AUGGAAACUAAUAACAAUGCUGAAGAAAAUAAGGAUGUAAUUACCACAGUGAGAACUCCAUCUGUUUCUACAGUUUCUCAUCCAUCAGGAAGAUACUUUGAUGCAAGGUCAUGGGAAGAAAAUAGAGAUGUAAUCUCUCUAAGAAUUCAAUCUCCAGCCAGUGAACUAUAUCUAGAUGAAGAAUUUAGUCCCAAUACCAUCAUUGGGUCUCCAAAUAGUAUUGUGGAUAUUAAGACUCCACAGAUUGUUGGGAACAAUAAAAAUGAAAUACAAGGGGAAGAGAUGACAGAAAAUGAUGCUUAUUUCAAAAACCAACCUAAUGAAAACAUAGAAUCCAACAGUCGUACGAGGAGGUCAAUUUUCUCUUCUAAUAGAUUGUUCUAUGUAGUAUUCACAGUACUUAUUGGAUUUAUUUUUAUUAUUGGAAUAUUGGGAGCUUUCUUUUAUUUAGGUAAGGGUCAAGGUUGGAAUGAAGUAUUACUUAAAGGUUUAGAAUUUAAUGUGGAGGAUAUAUUCGUGGACUUUGGGACAGAUAAAGGCUUAGAAAAGAUGGAUAUGUCUUUAAUGCUUAAUAUAAAUGCUCCUCAAAAGGAAGGUAUUCAAAUCAAGAAUGCGAAGAUGGUGUUGCCAUUAGAAAAUACACAAAUUGAGUGGAAUUCCAUUCCAAUUGCAAAAAUUAGUAGUCCGCGUUCAUUGGACAUUUUCCAAUCAGAUAAGCUGAAUUUAAUGGUACAUACAAGUUCAAAUGCCACGCAUAUGGUAGGUAUUAGCGGAAUUAUACAUGAUAUAAUCACAAAAGGAUAUACAGAAAUCAUUGUAAAGACACAGAUGGUCUUCCCAGGGCAACAAGACAAUGAGGAAAACCAAUUCAUGUCGAGAAAAUUCACGAUCUCAAUGCCACUGAAAGAACUUAUUACAAAUAUACAACUUUCCGAUAUUUCUUUUGACAGAGAAGUUGGUCAUAACUCCAAUAUUAUGUUCAAUUCCAAAGUUUCAUAUGAUUAUAGAGGAAGAAUCUUCGUAAAUAACCUAGGAAAAAUUUUCCUAGGAGUAUUUCAUGGAAACAAUUAUCUUGGGAUUGUUAAAAUUGAUGAUUCUGAUAUAUUAAUAGGAGGAAAAUCGGAAAUGAAUCUUAAAGGUACCUUAAAUAUGCAUAAUCUGAUCAAAGAUGAAGCAAUUCUAAAGAGCCUGAGGCCUUCUUUAGAUUUUGGAGAAAAUACAAGCCACCAUAUACCUAUUAGAAGCUUUGAUCUAGACAUACAUGGAGUGGGGAGUUCAUCUUCAUUAAUGGAUUCUGCUGUUAGAUCAACAAAAACCACCUUAAACUUAGCAGUAUUGCCCCCCCCUCCUUUGAGGCAAAUCCCUAUCCCAAGUAUUUCUGUUGAAUCUAUUGUUAUCACACCUCAGCUAAUGGUUCAGAUUAAAGGAAAACUAAGAACAACUUUCUAUGGUUAUUUAAUUAGCAACAAUAAGACUCCAAAAAUGGAAGCUCUUAGCAUUAAAGGAAUUCUUGUAGAUGGAGGGCAAUUCACUAUCACAUCUUCAGAUCAGAAUCACGGAAUUCCCCACCAAAUUGGAUCAUCAAUUUCACAUUUCCCAGAGAUAACCCCUUCACAAGAUAAAGAAAUUCCAAUUCCAGGAGCUAAUAAUGGUUUAGAUGGAUCUCCAAAUGUCGGAAAUGAUCUUUAUAAUGAAGUUCCUUAUAACACUCUUACAAUAUCUCCAUAUACAGAUAAUUUAGAAAUUCCAAUCAAUUUUGAACUUCUAUUCGACGACUUUUCUAAGGCGUCACUUCUGAAUAAUAACAAAAGUUUAAUCAAAGCUGCUGAGCUCCAAAUAUUAUCUAGUUGGUCUUUUUUUACUGGUCAGCACACAGAACUUAAGAAUAUUAAUCAAUCCAAUAUUGAACUGCAAAUGUUUAGUUUUCUACCAAAAAUUCUCGAAUUCAAUGUUAAAGAUGGCAUCUUCCAAGCACAAAUUACUCUCCAGUUAAUACACUUAGAAGAUUCCGAUCAUGAUGAAACUUCAUACAAUGGUCCAAUUAAAGUUACUUGGUUCUGCAAUAGGGAAUUUGGAGCCGAGUUUCUACUUAGUAGUGUGGUAGUCAAUCAAAUUGCUGCAAAUUACAUAUUAAAUUCAAAUCAAUUGAUUCCCAACUACUGUACUCUGGAAAACUCCAAACUCAAGGUAGAGAUCUUUUCGAAAUAA